AUGAGCAAUACUAACUCACUUAUUUUCGAGGAAUAUAAUGAUCCAGAAUUGAUUGGUUAUUCACAUUCACAAAAUGGUGAAGCUUGGAAAGGUAUAUUAUCAUUAGAAGAUUAUGCUGCUAGAGAAUGGACAUUGGGCCAAUCUUCCAUUGCACAAAAGCAGAAAUCCCCUGAGAUUCAAGAAAAAUUUCCUGAUUGCUAUCAGAAUUUAGGUAUAAAAUAUUUCAUGUUGAAAGAUUUGAAUUUGGAAGCAACAUCCAAGACUAGUCAAAUUGUCUCGUCGUGUGAGACUUUGAAUAGAAUUGGAUAUUGUAUUAGACCAGGCACAAAUAAUACCAUUGAACCAAGUUUGGUUGUUUGCAUUGGUGGUGUUUUCACUCCUGAGAUGCAUCGUCGUAAUGGGUACGCUAGGGUUAUGAUUGAAAAGUUGAAUCAACAUUAUGAUAAGAUUCGUGAUUCUCCUAAUGCUCCUCCUUUGUUGAAGAACUUGGUGAUUAAUUUGUAUAGUGAAGUGGAUGAAUACUAUGAAAAGGUUGGAUAUUAUUCAUUACAUGUUCCAUUACAUCAUGUUACUGCAUUAGAUGAGUUCAAUGAGAAAUUUUGUAAUGGCUAUGCCAUGGAACAAAAUGAUAGUGGAAGAUUACUAGGAUACGAUAAUUAUGAAGAUUUAGUCAAAUUACAAGAUAUUGAAUUCAAAAAGAAUUUGCUUGCAUCUGCUAAGGCACACCCAGAUUCAUUUGUUUUUACGGUCGCUCCUGAUAUUGACAUUUAUAAAUGGUUCGAAGACCGUGAUAUUUUCAUUCAAAGGAAGAUUACUCCAAACGGAUCAGUGAAAAUUCCACCAUUUGGAUAUGCAUUGAAAGAUAAUUCACAUAUCAUAUGGCAUCAUAAUUGGAAUAACAAUCUUUUAGUAAUAAUUAAGCUAUACAUUUCAGAAGAUGCUAAGAAGGAGAAAAAGAAGGAGGAGAAAGUUUUGAGGGAAUUAAUGUUCUAUGCAAUUGAGGAAACUAAGGCACAUAAUUUGACGAAACUACAAUUUUGGGACGAAGAAUUACCAUUGAAGGAAUUCCCUACCUUACAAAACACCUUAAGUAAAUUAGAACAUGAAUCGAAAUUAUAUGCUACUAAUGGGUCAGUUAGUGCAGUGAGGCCACCAAUUGGGUUCAAUAAGGACACCAUUGUUUGGGAAAACAACACCAAAUUCUGUUGGUUUUAG